AUGAGCGAGGUACAUGCCCCAGACCAGUGGGCUCUGCUGACCUUUGCAAAUGAAGCAAUGCAAGCUUCGACAAAUCAGACAAGCCAUGCUGCCAAUAGCAACUCAGGAAUCAGUUGGUCGAUGGUCCUGAAGGGCCUCUUGCCCAUGCUCACUAUACACCAUUUCGUCUUUUUAAUGACAGAGUUGUCUGAAGUCGAGACACCAGUCCCUGGCGGUGUUGACUCGCAAGACACGGGCUCUGAAAAGUAUGGACUGCUUGAAGAAGACAAAUACAAGGACAAAAAGCGAAGUUCAUCACCUAUCAAGUCUGCCUACAUAACUUCAAGCAUCCGUGCGACCAUCCGACACCUGAACGCCGAGGCAGGAGACCUGAGCAUGUUCCGUGGCAUUGGAUCAUCAUCAGUGGCAGUUCUGGUGGUCAUGCCCGUGUAUCUUCUCUCUGAGUUCAUCUCCCACAGACUUCCAUUGCUCAAGAAAAGCAACCGCAUCGCCGAGGCUUUCUCGCACCAAGUUGUAGAGCUCAUUGCAUGUCAAAUAACCGCAGCGAUCCUGCACGUGUGCAUCUCGAAACCUCGCUACAAGUUCUGGUUCCGUCGUAUGCCAAUGACAUGGUUCAAGGUGUUGCGCACCGCUUGGCUCGCUAUACUGGUCAAUGGUCUAUCUGGCGACAUUAUUGACGCAGCCUUUUACUACCUGACACCUGCUUCCAAGCCUGAUUCAGAGACCACUAUCACGAUCAACACGAGCAACAAGCCAUUCCAACUUAAGGAAGGGCCUAUUGUCAAGCUAAGUGUCGCCUUCAUUCUCUGGGCUUGCAUCAAGUCUAUGGUGCGUGCCCAGAUCAAGCCUUUGAUACGCCUGGUGCUUGAAAGACCGUUCAAGGCAGUCGAGACCCGUGUCUAUGCUUCGAUGCUCCCUGACGACGAAGACCCCGUUAUACCCAUGGAUCGCAGCUUCCAAGGUCGUCCUCAAUCCGGCGGUAUCCUACAGCAACAAACACAACCGCUCAGCUUCAUGGAAGCUGCACGCACAAUCGACAAAAAGACCUUUAUUCGCCUGGUCAAACUUCAAUUCAAGCUUCACAUCCUUCAAGAGCUUGCCCAAUAUGCCUUCUGGACUUUGCUGUUUGCAGAGAUUAUCUUCUUUGUUGGCCCUAGUGCCGUCUGGGUUGUGUUGAAGCUGAUCACCAAUACACCUGUCGUGCAAGCAGAUCUGGAUCUUGUGCAGGGAAACGCGACGAGGAAGUUCUUGGGCAACAUGAUUGCUGGUCCUAGUAACUUCACAAUUCCUCAACUCAACAUGACAGUCCCGACUCUUGAUCAGUAG